GACAAUACUUGUCAUUACAAUAAACUGGUAGGCUGAGCGAGACUCUGGUACACAGUAUAGGCGGCGCCACGUCAGGGAGAGCGAUGAAGGUCAUUGUGUUGGUCGUCUGCUCGCUCCUUGGGGUCGGGGGAUAUACCAUCACCCAGCAGACUCAGCUUCACGCUAAUCUGUCCUCGGGGUACGAUCGGAGGGUCCGCCCCGGGGUAAACCGAUCACUCCCGAUACAGAUCGAGAUCAAUUUCUACAUAGUGAGCCUGAAGGAGUUCUCGGAGGGAGACAGUAAGAUCGGUGUCGUGGGCUCCCUGGGCAUGGAAUGGACGGACUCUCGCCUAGUCUGGAAUCCGGCGGAUUAUGGGGGAGACCUGUUUAAAACUUCUCUCUUUGUUUCUGAUAUCUGGACCCCGUAUAUGGUUCUAAUGAAUCCAUACGAGAGAGUUAAACCUGUUCUUUCUAGUGGCAUGUCUUGCGCUGUCGUUCUAAAUGGCGAAGUAUCAUGUCUGCCGCCUGACCUGUUUGAAGCUACGUGUGAUGCAGACGUUACUUAUUACCCCUUUGAUUCUCAAACGUGUACUUUAAAAUUCUUUGUACCAGGAUAUUUUACAUCUGAUAUUCUUCUACGACCUGCGUCACCAAACUUCCGCAUGGAGUUGUAUGAAGAGAAUGGACUGUGGUCUGUACUGAGCACUAGGAAUUAUUAUUCUAUGAAUGUGUUCGGAUUUGAGGAACUGCGACUAGAAAUAAACAUGCGCCGUCGAACGACCUAUUACAUUGCGAGUCUUCUGUUGCCAAUCUUUUUCAUGAAUUUCAUUCAGAUCUUGGUUUUUGUGUUGCCCGUGGAAUCUGGCGAGAGAGUAGGAUUUUCAAUCACCGUUCUCUUGGCCGUGGCUGUAUUCUUGACUAUGAUUCAAGAUAAACUACCCGAGGCCUCGGAGCCGAAUGUCUCAUACCUGACGUACAAACUGUUGGUGGAUAUGCUACUUGGUUGUGCAAUGGUAGUGGCAGUGGUAGUGGCAAUCAAAAUGUACCAUAAAACGUACAACCAUCAGAUAUCCGGCAAACUCGGAGCGUUUACGCGCAGGAUGAACAUUUGUUGCGAGCGGAAACAAUCAGCGGUUUACAUCGAGGAGAAAGAGAAAUCCCCCGUGAAAUCCCCCGAGAAAUCUCCUGUGGAAUGUGUGAACGAUGAAGGUGACAGCAACGUUACUUGGAAUGACGUAGGAAAAGCUUUUGACAAGUUCUUUCUGAUCAUUUUCUUUGUUUUUUUGGUGUCUAACAAUUGUAUCUACCUCGUUGCAAUGGCUGCUAUAGAAACGUAAUUAUUUUAGACAAGAAAGCCAAGAAUUGUGGUAAGUUGAGGCAAUUCUUAGUCGCAACGAUAUAAUACUUCAUGAAUAAUUUUUCCAAGUUUUAUUUGUCAUUUAUAUCAAUUGGAUGACAAAAAUCAAGGACCAGUCGCGUUUUAUUUCAAAGUAAGAAAGGUGUUGUCACCUUUACUUAAAUACUAGUAUAGUGUGAAUCAUUCAGUAGUCAAAUUAUUCAUGUGGGCAUUCAUUAACGUGUUAUUUCUUAGGAACGGAUUCUCCUGUCUAUUUUACAUAUGUUCAUCGAAUGUAUCAUUACAUUGUUCACACCGUGUACAGCCUUCCUCCGUUUGUACAAAUGUAAAGUUGUUUAAAUAUAAUAUGUAGGUAUAUAAUUUU